AAUGCGAUCUCGUGCGGUGACGUUAACUCUUUGGAGAUCUGAUCGUGCGAACAGUGCGGUCGUCCUGAAAUCGAGCGUGUAGGCUUAGAAUUGCCCAGCAUGACCUCUUUCAUCGCAAUACAAGUCGCCUGUACUGUUUUAUUUUGCCACGCGUUAUUCGGCUCUACUGCAUCACUGCUCUACGCGAAGAGGACCAGUGGUACACAGGAAGUCAGGUUCCUCUUUCUGGACGAACCGCAACCUCAAAGCCGUCUUCCGCAAGUCCUGGAAUCCAGGAUACAACGGCCCAAGUACUCGGUCUUCGCUAGGCCGGUGGAGACUAGGAGCAAUGAUGGACUAGAAAAUUCAGCACGCCCCUUCCACCACGGACGGAGAUAUGGGGACUCGAGGACAGCGGAUGUGCCAGACAGACCUGAGCUGGACGACUCGACUGGCCGGUACCCUUCGAGGACUGAGACACGUAACCGAUCUGGGCUGCACUGGCCGAGAAACUUGGGCCGCUACGGGUCACUCUUUGACGAGUACGAGAAGGCUCAGCGCAGGCGACGUCUGUUGUACAAUAUGUCGCGCGCCGUUGAUCCAGGACUUGUACGGCUUGGGGUGCAUCGGAUAUGGUACCCGGGAGAUCACCUUGCGAUCGAAGUUAAACUUAAGCCUAAUGACGACAGCCGAUCGUACGUAGUAGUCAUUGCAAAGACGAUACCGGACGCACGGAAUCUGAGCCGUGGCGGUGGAGGUGGAGGCGGAGAGGCCGGCGGUGCACCGAGCAAGGCCGGAGCUCCUGGCGAUGCAGCCGGGUCACCUGGGGUGUCCGUUCCAAAAACGCAGUCUAUGUACACCUACCGUGUGCCCAGAGCCUACCUUCCGCUGGACCCUCGCCACCUAUUCGUCACUGUCCUUAUGGUUGCGCCAGGCGCCGGAGUGGACAUGCGUCCUUACAAGCGCUACACGCUCAUGGUCGUCAUCGGCGAUUGCCGUUUCCUUGACCAGGAGGAAGCGGAACGGUCAUCCAGCUGCAAGACAGGUGUCAUAGCCGGCAAGAAAGAAGUACUGUGCCUCUGUAAGGCACAAGCAAGUACAACUAGGCUUCCGCCAACCCAAAAGGCAACCACCACGACGCCCCCUCGGUUGCAGAUUCGCGAGCGAUUUCACCCGCGUGUGGUCGAAGAGAAGCGCUUAUUUAGGAUGCCCAUGCUAACCCCAGUGAAGAACUGUUCUUUGGCGCAACGGUCGUACUUCCAUAGGCUACUCCAAAGAGAAUAUCCCUUGGAAAACAUCACGACGGCUGAGAGACUGGCAGUCCAGAUCAUGCAAGGGGAACACAUCCUGAACAACCAGUCCCUCUACUGGACCUGCAACGCCUUUGCGCCGGUUGACGAAGACCGUGUGCUCAGCGAUAAGGCGAAGCUCAGGUCUCUCUCCAUACGGCGACUAGAACAGAUCUUGUCCAGGCACUACCAGGCUUGUCCACUGGUUGCUGCCGGCACGGUGCUUGCUAUGCAAGGGCCUUCCGCUGAAGUUGACUUUCAUGUGCACGAAGCUGCGUUGGUUGCUCUGCGGAAGUCUGUCCAGGUUCUGGGGCGUCUUCCUACAAGGACCAGGAGCACUGUGCGCGAGGUGCCUUCUAUUAUAAGGUCGGUGCUCAAAGGUGAAGCCAUCAUACUUUCCCACAAAGGCAGCAUUGAAUCUCGAGAGCAACUGUGCAACCUUUCUGGGGAAGCCCUGUCCGUCAUGGAUGACACAGUGGGGCUGGUCAUGCAAACUCAUCGUAAUGCAGAAGGCGAAGCGGUCUAUGUCAGUGAAGGCAUUUCACUGUGGUACUCCAAGGUAAACGUCGAAGAGAUGAAAGCUAAAGAGCGGCACUACGUGAAGCCUCGUCUGAUGCUCACCUAUGAUUCUGCGCUCUACGGGUUUUCAAAGACACUGUCUGUUGUGGUGUCCGUGUACCGUAGAAACCCGUAUUAUUGCACCUCGUCACCGGGCCCAAUAUCUACGGACGUGGUUCGGCCUUACAUCCGUGACGGGGUGACUGGAAUGCGUAUACGGGGGCCUCCAGAUCGGCGACGCACCAUUCAGGUUUCUUUGGCACCAGAUCCUGCCCGGAGUGAGGACGCCUCAUCGGUACUGGACGCCCAGACGAUGUUGAUUGUGAAGUUUCCAGUGACCAAGAUCGAAAGCAGCAUCGUCGUACAAAUCCACCCGGAAUUUGUCAAGUACUUCUUUAUGGCUUUCGUACAAGUCGGCAAAGAUCCCGAAACCAAGGACCUGACGGCCGACAAGUUGACAAUUCUUCAUCCGUUGGCCAGUUUCGUCGUUAUCCAGCCGAGCGAAUACAAGAUGACGGCGGACGACAUGAUGUACGUCACCUUCGUGCCUCUCGUCGAGUCCUCAGUGAAAGCCCUUGACUUGAAGAACGUGCGUUAUCCCUUCUGGCACCGCAAUGACAUGAAGAUCUGGUACACAGUAUCAGUCAGGCAGUGGCAAUGUGUGUCGAGGGGCGACGGCAGUUCUGGAGGAGCGGCCUUUACGGCAGACAGCUGCGUGCUGGCCAACGUUAGUAGACUGGGCGAGAUCAUGUGCGAGUGCCAGCCGAACACGACAGGUAUCGCCGGAACAGCGCAGGAGGUUACCACUUCCGUGAACCGAAAGCCAUUGGGAAAUGUCACGGGCGCGGAAGGGGGAGCCGGCGAAGCGAAGGCGUUCAACUUCUACUUUCUGCAGUACCUGAUUCCAAUCUUGCUCGCUGCCCUGUGGGUGAACUUCAUGGUGCUUUUAUACUGGACUACGAGAAUCGCCGAAAUCGACAGACAAAGUGGUGCCACUGCUAUAGCUCCCGAGAACAAGCCUGGGAAUAAGGAAGUAUACUUGCUGAUCUUCCAAACAAGCUAUGUACAGUACGCCGAGACAACGGCUAAGAUUAUGGUUGAGCUUCAUGGCACGGAAGGUACAUCCGGAAAGUUCACACUGCGAGACCCACGCUGUAAUCCGUACUUUCUCUUGGCUGGUUCCUACAACAGUCUUCUGAUCACUACGACUGGUACGCUUGGAAACAUUAUUGUACUGAGCAUCUUCAGCGACAGCGAAGGAACGAGACCUAGUUGGCACUUGAAGAAGAUAGACGUGUUCCACGAGGGCAAGAACGAGAAGUUUUUGUUCGUGGUCGACAAGUGGCUCAGGUUUCAAGACCAGGACCAUGCGGACAUCUUGCCAUUUGUGAUGGGCCACGGGAAAAUGUUUAAAAUUAUGUUCGGGAUGAAUUUUCCAAGGAUAUUCCGCAUGUGCCACCUGCUUGUGAGUGUAUUUGCGUGGCCCAGUGGCAGCAGGUUCUCACGUGUCCACCGCCUGAUCACCAUCCUCUUCCUUGGCGUGCUCUCCAUGUUUCUGGUCAUGCUUCUGCAAGGCCUACAGCCUCAAAACCGCCCAGAGCCAGUCACCUUCGCCAAGCAGAUAGAAGUUGGAUGCCUCACCGCUGUUGCAGUUUUCGUCGCUGGAGUGAUACUCCAAAUAAUUUUCACGUUUUCGAAACAGCUUCCUCCAGACAAAAUACGCCUGAGCACGAGGGACGUCCACGCCGACGCGGCAAAGACCGCACGAAUUACGACGACCACAAAGUACACGACGUACUCGAGAAACCCAGAGAUCCGGAUCGCGUAUGAAGUGCCCGAAUACCGCGACGAAACCGGCGCAGCAGGCGCGAAAGAGCAGCGGUCCGCGUCACUCUUCGACGACCGUACGGAAGAAGGCGUGCUGCCCGGACCGUGCUUCCAUGUCGGUCUCCUAAUUGCUCUGGUGCUUUCUGUCGUGCUCUCGGUCUUCAUGGUGCCGUACGGAAAUCAAUACGGCUUCGAUGCCAACGUUGCCUGGUUCACGUCCCUUAUAAUCGCAGUCCUGCUCAACAACAUUCUCAUCGACGUCAUCAAGUCCGUCGGCGUGACCGGUUACGUUUCCAGCCGAAAAAAGUGACGAUCUAGUGCCACUCCAUUGACACCUCACUCUUAACGGUAGUGCCAGUUGACUCGUUUUUUUCACCCCUGCACGAAAGUUAUUCCCGCUGUUCCUUUUCAUCGCGUUUUUCUUCCAUCUUGUCUUCGUUUCUGUGACAUUACUUGUAACGGAAUAACAUGUUUAUCUGAAAAUUUGCGGGCGAGUCCUUGAUUGGUGGUGGCCGGAAAGUCGCUGGAAUAAAGGGAAAGACGGAAACUGUG